GCUAAAUAUAACGACGUCGUUAUAUGCUAAAGCGUAUUGGUGAAGAAGACUGCCUGGUCUCUGUGUGUGACUGAAAAGAGAGCGAGGCCCGUGAAGAAGAAAUCGAGGAAAGAAUGGCAAUUUCGGGAGAUUUAAGGGUCUCUGCUGCCACACUGCUGCCUUUUCGAACAUCCCCGUUCCUUUCGCCCAAUUCCAAGGUAGAGUUUACUGUUUUCCCUGGUGGAGGAUCUAGCACUUCCGCAAACACACACAAAUGGCCAAGUAUCAUGGUUGAUAAAUGUAAAACGCAUGAGCAAUCCAGACGGUUCUCUGGUUUAAGCAGAGAUUAUGAGCUAUCUUCUACUUCAAUUAGUGAAGAAGCUGAAACGUUUCUCAUGAAUGCCAUUAACUUGAGCUUCUUUGAGCGUUUGAACUUGGCAUGGAAGAUAAUAUUCCCAUCACCAGCAAGAAGAAACAGCUCAAAUGCAAGGAUUGCCAAACAGCGUUUGAAGAUGAUUCUUUUCUCUGACAGAUGUGCAGUCAGUGAUGAGGCAAAACGGAAGAUUGUCAACAACAUUGUGCACGCUCUAUCAGAAUUUGUUGAGAUAGAAUCGCAGGAUAAAGUCCAGCUGAAUGUCACAGCUGAUUCUGAUGUUGGGACUGUUUACUCUGUCACAGUGCCUGUACGCCGGGUGCGACCUGAAUAUCAGGAUGCAGAAGAGGCUGGAACAAUAACAAACAUCGAGUACAAAGAUACUGGAGAGACUUCUGGUUCUGUAGAUGUUCGAUUUGAUUUCUUCGUCCCGGAUGAGAGAACCCGGUGAUUUCCUCGGGGAAAAGUAAAAUAAAGCGAGUGUCGUCCAACAUCAAAGAGUUUAUCAUUUUCCAUGUUUGGUUAUUUCGAUAGGAAGAGAAGCUUAUGCUUGUAUAUAUGAAAUUCCUCUUUGGAGAUUGAAAAUUUUCCUAUCUUUUGAAUAUGCAGUUGUUGGAAUGGUUAGCACUGAA